CUUUGUACUUAUCUCGAUGACUUAAGAGCUAGUUGUGGGCUCAACGAUUGCCGAGGUUCCUUAUAAUAGUAAAGUCUGUAUGUACCCCUGAGAUGUAUGAAAAUAUACUCCUCCACUCCGUCACAUAUGUUUGCGCAUAGGGGGCUUUUGUUCAGAGACGACGACGCGAACAUGCAACACGUAACAGGAAUAUCAUUUCUUGUGUUGACGUACGCUAAAUCCCUGGCAAAUUCCGGCAAACAACUGGAUUGCGGUAACAACUUUGUUGCAACUUCAGCGGAUUUGAUCAAAUUUGUUAAAAGCCAGGUGGACUACAUACUAGGAACCAACCCCAUGAAGAUGUCAUACAUGGUCGGAUACGGCGACAACUACCCAAAAUCCAUACACCACCGCGGAUCUUCGCUGCCGUCGGUUCAUGCUCAUCCAGACUCAUUCAACGGCGGCGAUGGGUGGCAGAUUUUUCAUUCCUCGGCCCCCAAUGCGAACCAGUUGACCGGAGCUCUAGUGGGAGGCCCUAAUUUUGAUGAUGUGUAUAUUGAUACGAGGUUCGACUCUACACAUGGAGAGCCUACUACUUAUAUCAAUGCCCCACUGGUUGGGGUCUUGGCGUAUUUCACUCAGCACUAGCUUCUUCGUCGUUUUCAUCACUGCUUUCGUAAUAUAUACUUAUGGCCGUUUGUAUUUCAUUUCAGUCAUGGUUAAGUUUUUCUUUACGAAGUUUUAAUUUGGCUUAAA